AUGUCUUCACCGUCUUUCUCUUUUUUAUUAUUUUCCUUUCUCUACGACCUUUUAUUUCUUUCUUGCUCCCUCACUCUCUUUUUCUUUCUUCCUUUCUUUCUUAAUUUCCUAUUUUGUCCUUCUCAGUUUCUUUCACUCCAUUUAAUGUCUUCACCUUUUUUCUCUCUAUUUAAUGUCUCCCUCCUCCACCGUCUUUCUUUCUUUUAUUAUUUUCCUUUCUCUUUCCACGACCUUUUUAUUUUCCUUUCUCCCUCACUCCUCUUUUUCUUUCUUUUAAUUUCCUAUUUUGUCCUUCUCAUUUCUUUCACUCUUUAUUUAAUGUCUCCACAUUCUUUCUCUACGACUUUUUUUUCGCUAUUUUUUUCUUUCUCUACGACCUUUUAUUUCGCUUGCUCCCUCACUUUUUUCCUUUUUUUCUUUCUUCCUUUCUUUCUUAAUUUCCUAUUUUUUUUCUUUCUCUACGACCAUUUAAUGUCUUCACCGUCCUUCUCUUUUCUUUUUUCUCUUUUUUCCUUUCCUUUCUCUACGAACUUUUAUUUCGCUUGCUCCCUCACUCUCUUUUUUUUUCUUCCUUUCUUUCUUAAUUUCCUAUUUUUUUCUUUCACUCCAUUUAAUGUCUUCACCGUCUUUCUCUUUUAUUAUUUUCCUUUCUCUACGAACUUUUAUUUCGCUUGCUCCCUCACUCUCUUUUUCUUUCUUCCUUUCUUUCUUAAUUUCCUAUUUUGUCCUUCUCAGUUUCUUUCACUCCAUUUAAUGUCUUCACCGUCUUUCUCUUUUAUUAUUUUCCUUUCUCUACGACCUUUUUUCGCUUGCUCCCUCACUCUCUUUUUUUUCUUCCUUUCUUUCUUAAUUUCCUAUUUUGUCCUUCUCAGUUUCUUUUUCACUCCAUUUAAUGUCUUCACCGUUUCUUUCUUUUUAUUAUUUUCCUUCUCUUUUUUCUUUCGACGACCUUUUUCUUUCGCUUGCUCCCUCACUCUCUUUUCUUUUAUUAUUUUCUUUCUUCCUUUUCUUUUUGUCUUAAUUUCCUAUUUUGUCCUUCUCAGUUUUUUUUCACUCUUUUUAAUUUCCUAUUUCUUUCACCUUUCUUUCCUCCUCUAUUUAAUUCUCCUUCACCGUUCUUUCUCUUUUUUUUAUUAUUUUCCUUUCUCUACGACCUUUUUAUUUCGCUUGCUCCCUCACUCUCUUUUUUAUUUUCUUUCUUCCUUUCUUUUCUUAAUUUCCUAUUUUUUUCUUUCCCUCAAUGUCUUCACUCUUUUUUUCUUUUCUCUACGACCUUUAUUUCUUCCCCUUCUUUUCUUUCUUUCUCUUAAUUUCCUAUUUUGUCCUUCUCAGUUUCUUUUUCCAUUUAAUGUCUUCACCGUCUUUCUCUUUUAUUAUUUUCCUUUACGACCUUUUAUUUCGUUGCUCCCUCACUCUCUUUUCUUUCUUCUUUUCUUUUUUUUCCUAUUUUGUCCUUCUUUUCUUUCUCUUCAAUUUCUUUCUUUUUAUUAUUUUCCUUUUACGACCUUUUUACCUUUCGCUUUCUUUUCUUCCUUUCUUACCUCUUUUGUCUUUCCUCCAUUUAAUGUCUUCACCGUCUUUCCUUUUAUUAUUUUCCUUUCUCUACGACCUUUUAUUUCGCUUGCUUCACUCUCCUUUCUUCCUUUCUUUCUUAAUUUCUUUUUGUCCUUCUCAGUUUCUUUCAUCCAUUUAAUGUCUUCACCGUCUUUCUCUUUUAUUAUUUUCCUUUCUCUACGACCUUUUUAUUUCGCUUGCUCCCUCACUCUCUUUUCUUUCUUCCUUUCUUUCUUAAUUUCCUAUUUUGUCCUUCUCAGUUUCUUUCCUCCAUUUAAUGUCUUCACCGUCUUUCUUUUUAUUUUUCCUUUCUCUACGACCUUUUAUUUCGCUUGCUUUUAUUUCGCUUGCCCUCUCUUUUCUUCCUUUCUUUCUUAA